CGGCCGGCGCGGAGGCAGCAAGAUGGCGAAGGUCUCGGAGAUGUACGAUGUGACUUGGGAAGAGAUGCGAGACAAAAUGAGGAAAUGGAGGGAAGAGAACUGCCGGAACAGUGAGCAGAUAGUGGAAGUUGGAGAAGAGUUAAUUCAUGAAUAUGCAUCCAAGCUGGGUGAUGACAUCUGGAUAAUAUACGAACAGGUGAUGAUUGCUGCCUUGGACUGCAGUCGAGAUGACCUGGCCCUGUUCUGUCUUCAAGAGCUAAGACGGCAAUUCCCUGGGAGCCAUCGAGUUAAGCGUUUAACCGGCAUGCGAUUUGAAGCCAUGGAGAGGUAUGAUGAUGCAAUCCAGUUAUACGACAGGAUUUUACAAGAGGAUUCAACUAAUACUGCAGCAAGGAAGCGUAAGAUUGCCAUUCGAAAAGCCCAGGGGAGAAAUGCAGAGGCCAUCCGAGAGCUGAAUGAGUAUCUGGAACAGUUUGUUGGUGACCAGGAAGCCUGGCAUGAACUUGCAGAACUUUACAUCAAUGAACAUGACUACGCAAAGGCAGCGUUUUGCUUGGAGGAGCUUAUGAUGACGAACCCGCACAACCACUUGUAUUGCCAGCAGUUUGCAGAGGUUAAGUAUACCCAAGGAGGGCUUGAAAACCUCGAACUUUCGAGAAAAUAUUUUGCACAGGCGCUGAAGCUGAACAACAGGAACAUGAGAGCGUUGUUUGGACUGUACAUGGCUGCCAGCCACAUCGCUUCCAAUUCUAAGGCAAGUGCAAAAAUGAAAAAGGAUAAUGUGAAGUAUGCCAGUUGGGCAGCAAACCAAAUAAAUCGAGCUUACCAGUUCGCUGGUCGCAGUAAGAAAGAAACCAAGUACUCUCUGAAAGCUGUGGAGGACAUGUUGGAAGCACUGCAGAUCACACAGUCGUAAACAGUCACAAAUCCACCCAACAGUAGAUACCCCCACCCGGCUUCAUGUCAGAGUGUCAACACAAUCUAAAAGUCACUUUAAUUUUAAAUUCCCAGUUGUGUUAACAGAAGUUCGAUGUAAGUAAAAGUGACUCUCUUAAAGACCAUGUUUUAUAAAGAUGUAAGAUGCCUAUUUAUUGCUGCUACGAUAAAAGCCACUGAAAUGAAUAAAAAGAGUA